AUGAGUCCUCCAAAUCCAACAAGCCUGGGGAGCUCGAAUCCUGCAUUUUCUCUCAAAAUGAUGGUGUGGGCACUUGUGCUUCUCUCCCUCAUCCAGUGUUCUAGCCAAAAGGGGGAUGAUGACUAUGAAGAUUAUACAUCCAACAAAACAUGGGUUUUGACUCCCAAAGUCCACGAGAGUGAUGUCACCCUGAUUUUAAAUGGCUUGCUGGAAGGAUAUGACAACAAACUGAGACCUGACAUAGGAGUGAAACCAACAGUAAUUCACACUGACAUGUAUGUAAAUAGCAUCGGUCCAGUGAAUGCUAUCAAUAUGGAAUACACAAUCGAUAUAUUUUUCGCCCAAACCUGGUAUGACAGACGUCUGAAAUUCAACAGCACGAUAAAAGUGCUCCGAUUGAACAGUAACAUGGUUGGAAAGAUCUGGAUACCAGAUACAUUUUUCCGAAACUCCAAGAAGGCUGAUGCUCAUUGGAUAACAACGCCCAAUAGGAUGCUCAGGAUCUGGAAUGAUGGCAGAGUGCUAUAUACACUAAGGUUGACAAUAGAUGCUGAGUGUCAGUUGCAGUUGCACAACUUCCCAAUGGAUGAACAUUCCUGUCCGCUGGAGUUUUCCAGCUAUGGCUACCCCAGGGAAGAAAUUAUUUACCAGUGGAAACGCAGUUCGGUGGAAGUGGGAGACACCAGAUCUUGGAGGCUCUACCAGUUUACUUUUAUUGGACUGAGAAAUUCUACUGAGGUGGUGAAGACAACUUCAGGGGACUACGUAGUCAUGUCAGUUUACUUUGACCUGAGCAGAAGAAUGGGUUAUUUCACUAUUCAGACCUACAUCCCCUGCACACUCAUUGUAGUGCUGUCCUGGGUCUCUUUCUGGAUUAACAAGGAUGCAGUUCCAGCCAGAACCUCUCUGGGUAUUACAACUGUCCUGACAAUGACCACCCUCAGUACAAUUGCUCGUAAAUCUCUUCCCAAGGUCUCUUAUGUGACAGCAAUGGAUCUUUUCGUGUCAGUUUGUUUUAUUUUUGUUUUUUCUGCACUGGUGGAGUAUGGGACCCUGCACUACUUUGUCAGCAACAGAAAGCCAAGCAAGGAUAAAGACAAAAAGAAGAAAAACCCACUUCUUCGGAUGUUUUCCUUCAAGGCACCUACAAUUGAUAUCCGACCAAGAUCAGCUACUAUUCAAAUGAACAAUGCCACACACCUCCAAGAAAGGGAUGAAGAGUAUGGGUAUGAGUGUCUCGAUGGCAAGGACUGUGCCAGCUUUUUCUGCUGCUUUGAGGAUUGCCGAACAGGGGCGUGGCGGCAUGGAAGAAUACACAUCCGCGUUGCCAAAAUGGACUCCUAUGCCCGCAUCUUCUUUCCAACUGCCUUCUGUUUGUUUAACCUGGUGUACUGGGUAUCCUACCUUUACCUUUAA